CUGAUUAGUAUCUUUCGGCUGUAUAAGAGUGCGAGCGAGCGAGCGUUUGUCUGUCACGCAACAAAACUAUACGACGGCAAACUCGACGGUUCGUAUAGGUCUCGUAUCACGGAGACUGCGAGCACCGCUAAGGAGAGCAAAGAAGAGUGGCGCGACGCGCGACACAUAUACGACACAUACACAUUGGCUUCUCGCAGCCAAUCUACACUUUCAUGUUGCCAUAGAACUCGCGAGAGGUUCGAGCAACUCCAGCUUUGCCGAGUGUACAAAGACGUAGCAAAGGUGACCACAUAGCACCGCUCGACCCUAUACUCUCUCGACUCGUUCGGCUCAUCGAGGAUACGCUCGCAUAAAACCUGCAACUUUCUGCACAAACCCGACUGCCAUCGUAAAUCUCGCCGGGAUCGGCGCAUCGAUGAAGCCAGAAACGCCGAUGCUCGAUAUCGAGAUCAUCGCGCAGUGCUACUUUGUACAAAGUGUAUGUACUUUACUAGACAUUCGGACGAGAACUCGUGCGUAGCUUCGAGAUUCGGGAAUCGUUUGCCAGUAUAGCUAGGAUCACUAUCUAUCUGCGUGUCUAUUAGUGCACGAUAUCUCAAUCCUAAUAACGACUCGUAACUCGACCGUAACUUUUUGGCUUUCGAGGAUAGUCAGCUCAGCUGUUGGCGACAGUAGUGGAUUAUCCAAGUGCGACUCAUGUUCACAGCUCUAUUCGAGAAAAUUGAAUUGUUCCGGAUUGCAACGAUUUCGGAUUACAAACUUUCUCGACUGUUUCCGUUAGUGUGAUCGAUUGAAAACUUGAAUUGCAAAAAUGGCAACUUUAGCUGAACAAGCAUCCAAGUUAUUGGAUUUCAACCAGAAGAUUGAUAUUACACUUCUAGACAACGUAGUUGGAUGUAUGUACAAUGGAAUGGGAGAUCAGCAACGUAUUGCUCAAGAAGUUUUAACAACGCUGAAAGAACAUCCUGAUGCAUGGACUCGUGUUGAUACCAUUUUAGAAUUUUCCCAAAACCAACAAACAAAGUUUUAUGCUUUACAAAUUUUAGAACAAGUCAUAAAAACCAGGUGGAAAGUUUUACCUAGGAACCAAUGUGAAGGUAUCAAAAAGUACAUUGUAGGCUUGAUUAUUAAAACAAGUAGCGAUCCUGAAACGUUGGAGGCUUCUAAAGUUUACAUAAAUAAAUUGAAUAUGAUCUUGGUUCAGGUUUUAAAAAGAGAAUGGCCUAAAAAUUGGGAAUCUUUUAUUAGUGAUAUUGUUGGUGCAAGCAAAACAAAUGAAAGUUUAUGUCAGAAUAAUAUGGCAAUUUUAAAAUUACUUUCUGAAGAAGUAUUUGACUUUUCAAGCGGACAAAUGACCCAAACAAAAGCCAAACAUUUAAAAGAUACAAUGUGCAGUGAAUUUUCACAAGUCUUUCAGUUGUGUCAAUUUGUUAUGGAAAAUUCACAAAAUGUACCACUUGUGGCUGUAACUCUUGAAACACUUUUAAGAUUCCUUAAUUGGAUUCCAUUGGGAUAUAUUUUUGAGACCAAACUCAUUACAACUCUAAUAUUCAAGUUUUUGAAUGUACCAAUAUUCAGAAAUGUUACUUUGAAAUGCUUAACUGAAAUAGCAGCUGUGUCUGUUCCGUGUAAUUAUGAUGACAUGUUCAUUGUACUUUUUGUCAACACAAUGCAACAAUUAGAAUUAAUGUUGCCACUUGAUACUAAUAUACGUGAUGCUUAUGCUGUUGGACAUGACCAAGAGCAAAAUUUCAUUCAGAAUCUAGCCAUGUUUUUAUGUACUUAUUUAAAAGAACAUGGUUUGUUAAUUGAGAAAAAGCAAUUGAAUGAACCUCUUGAAAGAGCCCUAAAGUAUCUCACUCUGAUUUCUGAAGUUGAAGAAGUCGAAAUUUUUAAAAUUUGCUUAGAAUACUGGAAUGGAUUAGCUUCUGAUUUAUACAGAGAAAAUCCUUUGACACCAAACAAUGCACCCAUUUUAUUGAACAAAAGCAUGGCUAUGCCAACUCGUCGAAUGUUCUAUGCUGGUGUUUUGACAAGGGUAAGGUACAUUAUGAUCAGUAGGAUGGCCAAGCCAGAAGAAGUUCUUGUUGUUGAAAAUGAAAACGGAGAAGUCGUCAGAGAAUUCAUGAAAGAUACUGACUCCAUAAAUUUGUACAAAAACAUGCGUGAAACUUUAGUGUACUUGACUCAUCUUGACUACACGGAUACUGAACGUGUGAUGACUAGCAAAUUGCAAAAUCAGGUGAAUGGUGCUGAAUGGUCAUGGAAGAAUUUAAACACUUUGUGCUGGGCGAUUGGAAGUAUUUCUGGUGCAAUGCAUGAAGAAGAUGAGAAAAGAUUUUUAGUAACUGUAAUUAAGGAAUUACUUGGCUUAUGUGAACAGAAAAAAGGUAAAGAUAACAAAGCCAUUAUUGCCAGUAACAUUAUGUACGUCGUUGGUCAAUAUCCUCGUUUCUUAAGAGCCCACUGGAAGUUCUUAAAAACUGUUGUUAAUAAACUGUUUGAAUUCAUGCAUGAAACUCAUGAAGGUGUUCAAGACAUGGCUUGUGAUACUUUUAUCAAGAUUGCCCUAAAGUGCAGGCGACAUUUUGUUACCAUUCAACUUGGUGAGGCCAUGCCAUUUAUUGAGGAAAUAUUAUCAACGAUCAGCAGUAUUAUCUGUGAUCUACAAACUCAACAAAUUCACACGUUUUAUGAAGCAGUUGGAUAUAUGAUUAGUGCUCAAGUUGAUACGGUAGUGCAAGAAAGUCUGAUUGAAAAGUACAUGCUACUACCUAAUCAAGUAUGGGAUGACAUCAUCAGUCAAGCCGCAAAGGUGGACGUGGAGAUUCUUAAAGAUCCUGAAGCUGUCAAACAACUUGCCAGUAUUUUAAAAACUAAUGUCAGAGCUUGCAAAGCAUUAGGACAUCCCUAUGUUACACAAUUGGGAAGAAUAUAUUUAGAUAUGCUUAAUGUUUACAAAGUAAUGAGUGAAAACAUAAGCCAGGCCAUAACAACUAACGGAGAAAUUGUUCUAAAGCAGCCACUGAUCAAAAGCAUGCGAGUAGUUCGAAAAGAAACUUUGAAACUUAUAGCUGAUUGGAUCAAUAGAUCUACUGAUCAUCAAAUGGUCUUGGAAAAUUUCAUUCCACCACUUUUAGAUGCUGUUUUAUUAGAUUAUCAAAAGACCAAUAUUCCAUGUGCUAGAGAGCCCGAAGUGCUAAGUGCCAUGGCAACGAUUGUAAAUAAACUUGAAGGACACAUUACUUGUGAAGUACCUAAAAUAUUUGAAGCAGUCUUCAAAUGUACGCUAGAUAUGAUAAAUAAAGAUUUUGAAGAAUUUCCUGAACACAGGACAAAUUUCUUCCUUUUGUUGCAAGCAGUUAAUGCGCAUUGUUUCCCUGCGUGUCUCUCAAUACAACCAGUACAAUUCAAGUUGGUUCUGGAUUCUGUAAUUUGGGCAUUCAAGCAUACAAUGCGUAAUGUAGCUGACACUGGAUUACAAAUUUUGUACCAGUUAUUCAGAAAUAUGGAAAAACAUGAAGAAGCAGCUCAAAGUUUCUAUCAGACAUAUUUUACUGAUAUCCUACAACACAUAUUUAGUGUUGUCACAGAUACUUCUCACACAGCUGGCUUGACAAUGCACGCCACUAUUUUGGCAUAUAUGUUCACUUUAGUAGAGUUGAAUAGAAUAAAAGUACCUCUAGGUCCUAUGCCUGACAACACCAUAUACAUUCAAGAAUAUGUGGCACGAUUGUUGAAAGCAGCAUUCCCUCAUUUAACGGAUAACCAAAUAAAAAUAACAGUUCAAGGACUUUUCAAUCUUGACCAAGAUAUCCCUGCAUUCAAAGAGCAUUUAAGAGACUUCCUUGUGCAAAUUAGAGAAUAUACUGGUGAAGAUGACUCUGAUUUAUACUUGGAAGAGCGUGAAUCUGCUUUGCGUUUGGCUCAGGAAGAAAAGAGGCGACAGCAGAUGGCAGUUCCUGGUAUAUUAAAUCCUCAUGAAAUGCCAGAAGAAAUGCAAGACUAAACAACUCACAAAAGAGCCCAUAUUGCAUCAAUAUACAUCGAUUCAAAUGACGCACUGCUAUAAUCGUUUUUAUCUUCCUGCUAAAACUACAUCUGCCCAUAACGAACAUGCGAGAUUUUGAAUGACACACAUUUAUUACUUAAAAACCAUUUAUUGCGGAAAAUGAUAAUAUAUCAACAAGUGUAUAAUAAAACUAUUCGCCCACGUCGCUUGGAACAAACCAGUAAGUGCGGCAACUGUUUAUCUGUUAUAGGAUUUUUAAAAUGGAAAAAUGAGUUUUGUUGUAAGUAAAAUACUAGAAUGCUUGCUUGGCGAUACCAUUCAUGUGUAUUUGAGUGUUUGAAACUGUUUUUUACUCAUAGUUGAUAUUAAAUAUUGCAUUAGUCAAGUAAAA